ACUGGGGAUUUCAACUGUACGAGACCGACCUCCUCAUCUAUUAGAUACAGCUGCUAGGCUCUAGCUGGCCCUGGUCAACCUUAGCAUUUAUGAUUCAUGAAUCAAAUCACAGAUUCAAAGCAAAAUUCAAAGCUGAUCAGGCUUACAGUCAACUUAUGUUCAAUCCAUAAGCACAAACCAAUCAAAAAGCAUAUAGAAAGAAGCAACGUCAAAAGAAGUGACCACUGACAAAAGCCCAUUUAAUAAAAGCAGUUAAACCAACUCUUGUUUGCAAACUUCUUUAUGUAUUUCUUUCCCUUAACGCAGGCAACUACCGCAAUGAAAGAACCGUCUCAAACUAACCACCUGUAGAAAACGAACCCAUUUUCUCAAUCUUAUUUAGAACUCCAAAAUUAUCACCAGAAUAUCAUUUCAUCAAGAACCCUGGUCCCUGGAAGUGGAAAGAAGAAAAAGGAAGAUGGGGCGAGUUUCUUCAACAAGUGCAAUGGCAGAUAAGGUUUCUUGGAACUGUGCUUUGUUCAUGGCAGUGAUGCUGGCAUUGAGCUGCUGUGAAGAAUCGAGUGAAAGGGAAUAUUACAGGGGUGAGGAGGUGCUACUGCUGCAGCAGAAGAGCAACAAGCCAUGCGAUGAAAUAUACGUGGUUGGAGAAGGGGAGACUUUGCAGACUAUCGGCGAAAAAUGUGGGGAUCCUUUUAUUGUUGAAGAGAAUCCUCACAUACAUGACCCUGAUGAUGUUUUCCCUGGCCUUGUCAUCAAGAUUACUCCUUUCAAAAACAGGUAGAAAUUAAUUAAUUAUCAGUAGAAUCCUGCUUUGCUCAAUUGAGAUAUUUUGCCCACCAAAAAGAGAGAGAGAGAGUUAUUGUCUAUAUUAUGUCAAGGCCAUGAAAAAUAUCAUAUGGAGAGAGCAAGUGAUUGCUAUAAUUUGGUUUUUGAUAUAUUCGUGAGAGAACCCCAAUCUUGCAAGUGUUAGAGACAACUCUUAAGAGUGGUGAAGUAACCAUUUGAGUUGGUUUAAUAAUAUAUUAUUAGGUCUUUGGCAAUUAAAUGGAAAAUUAGAACAACCCAUUCUGAGUG